AUGAGUGCCGUUCCUCGUUCUCGUCCAAAAAGUGAAUACCCAAAAGAUACGAAAACCAGCAUUUAUCGGAUGUUGUAUCGUCCUUCGAGUGGUUUUCAGAAUUUUCGUCGAAUCGUUCCUCCCUUUUCCAUCGAAAGUUUGCAGAAAAAUACAAAAGUAGCGGAUCCCCCGAAGCCUCAUGGCAAAGCUCAUAACCAAACGAUCACGCAAUCGAAGACGUUCCGGAUGUAUUACGAACGAGGCGAUUUGCCGAUUCGAUUGGAAUAUCUCACGGGAGGCGAUAAAAUUUCUUGGACCGUUGAAAUUGACAAAUUAGACUACGGAUUGUAUUUGCCACUGUUUUUUGAUGGCUUGUCUGAGACCAAACAUCCGUACAAGACUUAUGCCAGGCAAGGAGUGCAAGAUUUAUUGGCACAUGGCGGAGAGAAAAUUUAUUCAGUUAUUCCGCAGUUGAUUAUUCCCAUUAAAAAUGCCUUAAAUACUCGCAAUUUGGAGGUAAUGUGUGUUACAUUGAAAAUAAUACAGCAGUUGGUAAUGUCUUCAGAACUUGUUGGACCGGCUUUGGUGCCCUUUUAUCGACAACUUUUACCGUUAUUUAAUGCUUUCAAGUUCAAAAAUAUAAAUUGUGGCGAUUUCAUCGAUUACGGACAAAAAAACAACAUGAACAUCGGAGACUUGAUCGACGAAACGUUGCAGGUGUUAGAGAAAUUCGGGGGCGACGAUGCAUUUAUCAACAUCAAGUACAUGGUACCCACAUACGAGUCAUGUUACAUCAACUAA